AUGGCUCUUGCAACUGCUGCAGCCGCCGCUGCAGGUGGCUGGGCCGCAGCGACCUACCUGGAUGCCAAAUUCAAUAUUCGACAUGACCUCGACUCCAUCAGGAGACUGAGAAGGGGAGCAAAGGAGUACGACCGGAUCGUCAAAGAGGACAAAGUCUGCUUCUUCUAUGCCCUCGAAGAGACAUGCAAAAAGAGAUGGAACAACCGCGCUAUCUGGUCGAGAGAGGGCGGCAUAUACACCUUUGGCCAGCUUUACGAGGAGACCCUGCGGUACGCCCAAUGGAUGAUUGAGCAGGGCGUCAAGCCCGGGGAACUUGUGGCCAUGUAUAUGAUCAAUUCGCCGCACUUCUUUAUCGCCUGGUUUGCCUGCGCGGCUGUCGGCGCCGCGCCCGCAUUCAUCAACUACAACCUCGAAGGGAAAGCGUUGAUGCACUGCCUGGACGUGUGCCAGACGAAAUUGUUGAUUGUCGAUGAAGAUGCCGGCUGUCAAAAGAGGAUCAACGAGAGCCGGGCAGACAUUGAAGCCAGGGGCACAAAAAUUGCGGUUCUCGAUGGCACGCUGAAGCUGGAGAUUGCCACGAAGCCCGUCGAGAGACCGGCUGAUGAGCGUCGUAAAGGCACAAAAGGCAGCUUCCCUUACUGCUUAAUAUAUACCAGUGGAACUACCGGUCUUCCCAAAGGCUGUGCUUUCACCCUACAGCGGGUCUACCUCAUGUGCGGUCACUUGAUGCCUCUGUGUGGAGGUGUCCCCGGCAAGGAUCAAUGGUUCAAUUCCAUGCCGCUCUAUCACGGCACAGGCGCCAUCACAACCUCCUGUGCCCUUCUACAGGGCAUCGCUGUUGCCAUUGCACCCAGAUUCUCCGUCUCGCGGUUCUGGAACGACAUCCACGACUCCGAGUCUACGUUCUUCGUCUACGUCGGCGAGACGGCACGCUAUCUGCUCAAUGCGCCGCCUCACCCACUUGAGCGGGCACACAAGCUGCGCUGUGCUUAUGGGAACGGCUUGAGGCCGGAUGUGUGGGAGAAAUUUCAAACGCGCUUCAACAUCCCCGAGAUCGGCGAAUUCUUCAAUUCCACGGAAGGCAUGUUCAGUCUGUUCAACUGGGACAAGGGACCGUACCUGAGAGCGUGUGUUGGCCACCACGGGUUAAUUCUCCGCACGAUGCUACGGAACGUCUACAUUCCGGUCAAGAUCGACCACGAGACCGGAGACAUCUGGCGAGAUCCCAAGACAGGCUUUGCCCAGCGAACUCCGUACGAAGAAGGCGGUGAGAUGAUUGUUGCUGUGCCGAACAAAGAAGCAUUCCAGGGCUAUUGGCGGUCCCAAGCCGCCACGGACAAGAAAUUCUGCACGGACGUGUUCAAGAAGGGAGACAUCUAUUAUCGCUCCGGAGACGCCCUGAGGCGAGAACCGGAUGGGAGAUGGCACUUCCUCGACCGUCUAGGCGACACAUUCCGCUGGAAAUCCGAGAACGUCUCGACGGCAGAAGUGGCCCUGACGAUAGGCCAGUAUCCUGGCAUUGCCGAGGCAAACGUCUAUGGCGUGUUGGUGCCGAACCACGAAGGCCGAGCGGGCUGCGCCGCGAUACACCUCGAUCCAAACUACACGGGACCGGCGGUCGACUACAACGACCUGUUGAAGUUCAUGCGCGCCCGGCUGCCCCGGUACGCCGUGCCGGUGUUCUUGAGGAUCGUCAAGGCGAGCACGCACAUCCACAAUCACAAGCAGAACAAAGUGCCCCUGCGCAAGGAAGGCGUCGACCCGAGCGCGAUCGGCAAGGAAGUGCCCGAGGGCAAAGACGACCUGUUGCUCUGGGUACCGCCCAAGGCGGACGAAUACAUGCCGUUCACGCCCGAAGAUUGGCAAAAGCUGGUCACCGGGCAGGCCAAGUUAUAA